UAACGAUUUUUCGUUAUUUUUAAAGUAACGCAUUACUUUUUACGACCAGUAAUGAGUAACGGUAACGAGUAACUUUUUAUCAAGAGUAACGGUAACGAGUUACUUUUAAAAAGUAACUUUCCCAACCUUAGCUUUAUCCAAGAUACAUUGUGUGGAUUCUGCAUUGGAAUUUGUAUCUUCUGUUUUUUAAAAUUGUAAUCUCCAUUUUAUUAGAUCAUGUGUCAAUAUGUGUCAUGUCAAAUAUUGAAUAUAUAUGCCAAAUAUUGAAUAUAUUUUUUAAAAUUAUAUUAAUGUAAUAUUUUGUGGGUAUUUUGAAUUUGCACGAUGAUCUAAGCUAGGCUUAUUCAAACUCGGUUAGCGAGACGAAGCUGAACGCUCUUUCAUGUCUCCGUCGUUUCGAUACAAUGAGACAGAAUAAAUAAAACUUUAAUUAAACAUAUUUUACAAUCCUAUUAAUUUAAUAGGCAAGUUCGCGACAAAAUUAUUAACUAUUGGUCAUCUUAUCUGAACUGUCUUUCCAUGUGUGGAUAAAUAGUUAAGAAUUUUAUUUAUGUUAAUAAAACACUAUUAGAUGUUAUUUGAUAAGUUAAUUACAGCAAGUUCAGAUGAAAUCAUCCUUAAUUUUUGAACUUUGACCAUUUCCUUGAUCUAGUGGCAAAAUAGGUUUUUUUUCUAUUCUGUAGAUCUAUUUUUAUUUGAUGUUGACUAAGCAUUUGUAGUUGUAUUUCCCCAAAAUAUAUUAUGUACAAAGAAUAUUAUCCGAUGCAGAGCAUAUAGUAGAGAGGGGAUAAAGAUGGAGGAAAGAGAACACGGGUAGGAUUGUGGAUCUCGGAGUUUUUUGGAAUAAUGUUGGUGUGAGGAUGGUGGAGUAAAGGAGGAAGUGCCUGGAAAGGAGGUGGACGGUGAGAGGAAGACCGGACAUUGGAAGGAAGGAAAAGGAGGAAGUUUGAGAGUCGGAAAAGGGUGAAAGAAAAAUCGGAGCAGUGAAGGAGGAAGAACGGUGAGAAGAGAGAGCAAUAUGGAGGAGGCAAGAAGAAGAGGUGCUCGAAGAGGGCAUUGGAGAGGCGGCAGAUAGCGACGAGGUGCGAGGUGUGAUCAGCGGAGAGGGCGCUAAGGGAAAAAUAGUGGGGAAGCAUAGCAACCAAUAACGGUGUCGGAGUGUGAGGGUGCAGUCAUAUGGGGCCAGCGUACAGCGUAUGGCGUAUGGCAUAAAGGUAUUAGACUAAUGUCUGUGCUAACAAAACGGGCGUAAACUUUGUGAUUGGUCUAAUUUCUUUACGAGCGUGUUGUCAUCAUAGAGCUUGUAUUAAUGGAGGGGCCUCGUGCAUCGUGACGCGCGCGGGGAGAAUCGACAGAGAGGUGGAUAUAUUCUGUCUUUUUUCGUGUGGGAACAGGUUCGUAACUAUACAAUUUGAGGCCCGAUUCUCGAACUCGUACGAAAAAAAAUUGCUUACAAAGAUAACAUUGUGUAUUCAUUAAGUGGUACAUAAUUUAGAAUCUAUUAGCGUAUUCGACUGGGCUGGGUUAAUCGCUCCGGGAGCGAUUAAUGAUGUCAUAAGACCAAUCACAGCCAUUCUUCUGAAGAAGGGUAUAACUGUGAUUGGCCAGUUCUAGAGAAAAAGAAACCGAAACGGGUUAACCCAGCACGGGUCGAAAACGCCAUAAAAGAUGCAUACCAAUGAAUGCACAGUAUUACUUUCGUAUGUAAAAAUUUGUUGUACUAAUUGUAACAGCCCGAGGCCCAAGUAGGCACCAAGUAGGUAGGCUCAUACCUGUCGUACCGCUCGUGUGUGCGCUUCUUUCCUUCUAGAAAACGGUGGGGAUGUCCAACACGAAAAGAGACAGAAUAUAUGAGAAUAUAUUCAUGUCUCUGUCGAUUCUCCUCGCGCGGAUUCUGGCAUAUAGCAAUGGCCCCUCCAUUAAUACAAGUUCUAUGGAUAGUAGUGAUACAUGGAAACAGAUCGAGAUAUCGAGAUCUAUGAGGUGAAUCAAGCACGAAAAAAGAGGUUAGAACAGAAAGAGGUGAGUGAGAUUGUGAUGAAGAGUAGAGGCAAAGCAGAAGACAGUAAAAAAAUUGAGAUGGAAGAAGUGGAGGAGCUAAGGAGAGAGGUAAAGGAGAUAAGGAGAGGUGUAGAGGAGAUGGUAAAAAUAUUAAAAGAACUGUGUACGGAAGUGAAGGGUCGGAGAGGAAGAGAUGUGUGGACGAGCACAGAGGAGCUGAAAAGAACGGAAAGAGAAGGAGAGUGUGGAAAAUUGAGAGGAAUGAAAGCUGCGGAGGUGAUUAAUAUAGAGGAGGGUAUUAGAAGAAGGAGUGAUCCAGAGAAGGAGAGGGAAAAGGCUAUGGACGGAGGAAGAGUAAAGGGUGAGGAGAGGAGGCGAGACGAAGAUUUGAGACCAAGGUGUGAAAUGAAGGAGAGAAUGCAGAGGCGAGGAAGUCAAGAAACUAUGAUGGAUACAGCAGAGAAGAGGAGAGACGAGAGGUGGAGGCUGACGAGCAUUGAAGGGAGAGAACAAGAGAAGAGGGAGAGAAAGAAAGAGAGUGAGAAGGAGAUGGAGAUCAGUAACAGGAAGAGAGAGGAGAGGAGGCAAGACGUGAGCCUGAGACGGGAGGAUGAUGCAAGGGAAAAGAACACGAAGGAAAGAAGAUAUGGAAUUAUGGUGGAAGCAGGUGGAAUUAUGGAGAAGGGAUUAGAAGAGAGGAGAAAGGUGCUAAGUGAGGGUAAAGGAGAGAGGGAGGAGAAGAAGAGGAGAGGAGUGAGUAAGGAGAGGCAGGAAGAUAGAGUACAAGAGAGGGAGAGAGGAAGUGAGAAGGUGGAAGAUCAAGGACAUGGAUGGUACAAGGACUUGCAGGAAGAGGAAACGGAAAGUGAGAAGGGUUCGAGAAGAAAGAAAGAUGAGGAUGGAGAACAGUGGCGGCGCAGGAGAAUAGGCGAGAAGGAGGACGAGGAGUGGAGGGCCAAGCUGAGAAUGGAUGGAGAGAGGCUGGAGCUAGAGGGGAGAAUAUGGAGGUGGAUGGAAAAAACAGAAAAGGCAAGGAAGAAGAAGAGGGAAAGGAGUAUAAUCUGGAGAGGAGUCGAAGGAGAAGACCAGGAAGCGAGAAAGGAUUGCGUAAGGGGGAUUAUGGAGAGUGAAUUGGGAAGAGGGGUAAAGUUAAGAGGGGUAGAGGAAAGAAGGGGAGAGGCGGGGAGAUGGGUAAUAAUUAUGGAAUUGGAAGAUUUGGAUGAUAGAGAGAAAUUACUAGCGAGGGGAUGGGAGAUAAAAAGAAAAUGGGGGAUAGGGGUGGAUGAGGACUUAUCAAUGGAGGAGAGGAGGAUGAGAUGGAGGAUAGUUGAGGCGGCGAGGAGAGAGAAAGCAAAGGGGAGAAAGGUGGAAUUUAAUAAUAGGGAGAUAUGGGUGGAGGGGAGAAGAUGGGAAUGGGAGGAGGAGAGGAAAAGGUGGAUGGAGGAGAUGAGUUUAGAUGAGGAGGGGAAGUAAGGUGGGAGAGGAAAGAGGGUCAGGGGCUGAAAGGAACUUAGAGGGGACGUGAUAGGAAGAAGGGUACGAUUUUUAAGGUCGUACAAUCGCUAGGGCGCGUAGGGCAGAAAUGACAUGUGAAACAUAUUUGUAUGUUCUAAUGAAGAGACUGUAAACCCCGAGGGAUGAAUAAAGAUUUAAUUUCAAUUUC